AGUGCAAGAGCGUGGGGAUGGUGAGGAGCGCGGCGCUGCUGCUGUGGGCUCAGCUCCUCGGCCUUGUUGGCUCCCAACCCCUCCUGCUGACGGUGGACCCCCCCUGGGCGCAGCAGUUCAACGGGGACACAGUGAAGCUGACCUGUGGGGACCCCGGUGUGAGCGUCUCCACCAGCUGGUACAACAACUGGCAGGCAUGGAGGAGCACUGAGUCCAACCAUCUCAGUGUAAUGCUGAGAGGCAAACAGAGAUACAGAUUCCAGUGCCGGACCCGCGGCUCUGAGCUCAGCCCCGUUGUUAAUGUGACCACCUCUGAUGACUGGCUGCUGCUGCAGGUGCCAACCCAGGCGGUGCUGGAGGGCGAUGCUCUGACCCUGCGCUGCAGAGCCUGGGAAAACGCAAAGAUCAGCGAUGUGCAGUUCUUCCAUGAUGGGAAACUGCUGCAGGACGGACGUGGGGACAAACUGCUGCUGUCCCCUGCACAGCAGCGGCACAGCGGCCGCUACCACUGCGAAGCCUACGUGUCCUACAUCAUUGCAAAAUGGCAAACCUCACUCCAAAGCGAUCUCGUGGUGCGAGAGCUCUUCUCAGUGCCACAGCUGAGCGUGGAGGGUCCCCGGAACGCCCCCGAGGGCAGCGCUCUGACCCUGCUCUGUUCCACCCACGGCAACGCGCUGCGGCCCCACCUCUCCCUGCAGUACUUCUUCUACCGGGAUGGGCUGAUGGUGGUGGGGCCACAGUCGGCCCCCCAGCACCGGGUGCCAGAGCUGCUGCUGUCCCACUCGGGGUCCUACAGCUGCCAGGUGCAGAUGGGCAGCGUGCUGAAACGCAGCGCCCCGAUCACCAUCACUGUGAGAAGGGUGCCCGUGGCGGGGGUGUCCCUGCAGGCGGAGCCCCCCGGGGCUCAUGUGCUGGAGGGCGGCCGCCUGGUGCUGAGCUGCGCGGUGGCGGAGGGUUCGGGGCCGCUCUCCUUCUCGUGGCACCGGCAGAGCCGCACCCGAGCCGUGGGCGCGGGGCCGCGCUAUGAGCUGCCGGCGGCGCAGCUCGGAGACAGCGACCACUACCGCUGCACGGUCAGCAACGGCGUCAGCACGGCCAGCAGCCCGCAGCUGCUCGUCACCGUCACGCGGGUGCCCGUGGCGGGGGUGUCCCUGCAGGCGGAGCCCCCCGAGGCUCAUGUGCUGGAGGGCGGCCGCCUGGUGCUGAGCUGCGCGGUGGCGGAGGGUUCGGGGCCGCUCUCCUUCUCGUGGCACCGACGGAACCUCACCCGAGCUGUGGGCGCGGGGCCGCGCUAUGAGCUGCCGGCGGCGCGGCUCGGGGACGGCGACCACUACCGCUGCACGGUCAGCAACGGCGUCAGCACGGCCAGCAGCCCGCAGCUGCUCGUCACCGUCGUGGUGCCGGUAUCCGACGUCAGCAUCGCGGCGGCGGGGACGGAGGCGGUGGGAGCGCAGUUGGUGGGGACGGAGGGCGAAGGGCUGACGCUGAGCUGCGCCGCGCGGACGGGGACGGAGCCGGUGGGCUUCGAGUGGCUGCGGGACGGGCGGGAGCUGAGCGCGGGGCGCACGUGGCGGUUGGGGGCGCUGGGAGCGGAGCACUCCGGGACGUAUCAGUGCGUGGCCACCAACCGCCUCGGAGCGCAGCGCGUCUUCAGGGCGCGCAGCCCCGAACUGCACCUCGUGGUGAAGCAGCGCGGGUGGGAACGGCGGCGGGUGGAAGCCGUGGCCGCGGGGCUCACAGUGUCCCUCCUACUGCUGUUGGCCGCCGUCGCCGCUGCGGGUCGGCACUUCUGGAGGCGGCGCCACCGCGGUGAGUGCCGCGCGGUGGGGACGAACGGUGCCCGACCCGCGUUGGGGACAGCGGGGCCGCCGCGGGGGGCGCUCACCGCUCACCGCCCCCUCUCCUUCCCCCCCAGCAGCCGCAAAGAGGCAGCACAGGGACCCCUCAGCCCCUCCCGCCCCCUCCGCCCCCCCGGCGCUCAGCACGGAGCCCCCGGAGCCCGAAUACAGCAACGUGCUGUUGGGGACGGCGGGCGCGGAGGACGUCGUGCUGUACUCCACCGUCACCAUCGCGGAGCACAGAGGGGGUGCGCCCCCGACCCCACGGGACCACAGCGCCCCCCACGAGGCCGCCGUCACCUACGCAGCGCUGCCGCCCCCCCGCAGCGCCGCCGACCCCCGGGGGGCGCAGCGCCCCCACAGCGACAGCUAUGAGAACAUCUCCUGGCAAUAAACCUCCGCCGCCCCCCGA